AUGAUAAAUCUCAUUUAUCCUGCUACUCCUAUUCCUAAUACAUCAAUUAAUAAUGUUUUUUCUCAUCAACAUCAUCCAUCAACAUCUCCACCUAAUAACGCUUUCCAUCAAUAUCCUAAAUCAACGCCUCUGCCUAAUAUCGCUUAUUUUUAUCCUCAAUCAAUGCCUCCACCUAAUAUCACUUCUUCGCAUCAACAUCCUCAAUCAACGCAUUCACAUAAUAUCGAUUCUUCCCAUCAACAUCCUCAAUCAACAUCUAAUAUCGCUUCUUCCCAUCAACCAUACCAUCCAACUCAAUAUGAUUAUGAUUUAUUGGACUCAGCUGCUUCAAGUAUUAGAGAUAUCCAAAGAAUCUAUGCAACUAUGAGUGUAAAUCUUGAUCAACAAAAGCACAUCAAUCUUACUAUCAUUCUCACAAUCAUCUACUUGACAAAUAUUCCACUCUCGACAUGA